AUGGUGGCUCAACCCAUUUUUAGCAUGGCAAAAAGAGGCUUUCUAAGGAUUAAUCACACUUGGUUGGCUAGCUCUGAAGAUGAGUCUUCCAAGAUUGUUUCUACUACCAGUGCAAAUGAAUUUAAUGAUUCAAAUGGAAAACGGGUGAAAUCGUCGACAAAGAAUGAAAAUGCUGGUUCUAAAGCUGAGGUGGAAACAAGUUCUGCAGCUGGUAGCAAGCCAGAACAGUAUAGUAAACCUGCUGAACCGCCUAAGCAAGACUAUAUUCAUGUUAGAGCCAGAAGGGGUCAAGCUACGGAUAGUCAUAGUCUGGCUGAGAGAGCCAGGAGAGAGAAGAUUAGUGAGAGGAUGAAGAUUCUUCAAGAUUUGGUCCCUGGCUGUAAUAAGGUCAUUGGAAAAGCACUCGUCCUUGAUGAGAUAAUUAAUUAUAUCCAGUCACUGCAGCGGCAGGUUGAGGUAAGAGGACGGUAUGUCCGAAAAGUUUGGCUGAAGGAAAGGACAUGCAACACAUAA